CGAACACUCGAACCAAGAAUCAAGAUAUCAAUACCUAUACUAGAUUAUUAAUCACACCAAACAAGCGCAGUCGUAUAAGCCAUCACCAACCCAUCGACCCUCAGUAAGCCUAUGGAAACAACCCACAACCUCGCACCCCUCAUAAUCCGUGCGAUUUUCCCCGAGAAAUCUCACACGAAAGUCAAAGCCAAAACCAUGAGCCACACGCAAGACAAAGCCCACUCGUCCGCCGUCCUCGGCGCCAUCCUCGACGGCGAGAAGGCGCAACAACAGUCGCAGACGUCAUCCGACUCCGCCUCCAUAUUCUCGACGAGUUCCUUCGGCAGCGCUAAGGCGCUUCUUAAGAAGUCCAGCAAGAAGUCUAGCAAGCCAAGCAAGAAGGACAGUGACUCUGGUUCGGGAUCGACUACCGAAGCAGAGUUAUUGCGGACCGCGCAGAAGAGUCAAGUAAGAAUGGGCUUCUGACUAUCUUACCAGUAACCGCGUGUGUAGCGAGUUCUCUUGCCGCGUCUUGAGAAUAGCUGCUCGUGGUUGGAUAGUGUACACCUACCUAAGGUGUAAGGGCGACCGGUACAAGAAUACCGGCCUAACGAACAAAACAAUAGGAGCUUGCUCGGCGGUUAUUUCGUCUAUUUAGUCAGGAGGAGACUUGUAUGUCUCUUCCUGCACCAACAUCGCGGUCAUGGCUGCGAUAAGCGCUGGGAAAGCGCACUUGACAUCGGGUUGGACGAUG